GACUAUCUUUCAUUUCACUCUGUACCAAAAUAUCGGGGCGGGAAGGUGUUCGAUGAAAGAAAACUGGCGGUGCAGUCGAACUCAAACGCUCGUGUUCUGUGUAUGUUUUUGUGUUUAGGUGAAUUUUGCGUGAACAAAAACAGUGAAAUUAUAAACUAAUAAAGCUUACGUGAACUGUCCAAGUGCUAUUUACAUAAAACAAUUGGAUUAGAACGAGCUGCGUUCUAAUUUUUUGAAAAAGAACCAUAAGGAAGAGAGCAUGGGUCUCCCGCACAUCACGUCGUUCUGCUGGUGUAUGGGCCUGGAGAGCGGCGCUAGAGUCGUCGGCGUCAUGCAUUUGAUCGCCUCAGGCUGUCUCUUAAUAGUGACCUCGCUAAUGGCGCACGAUGCUGGCUCGUACGUGGGCACCAUCGAGGACGAGGGAGACCACAUCUACUCCAUCUGGUACCGGAUCGCUAUAGGCGCGGCCGUGCUGACCACGGUGCACGUAUUACUGGCGUUGGCCUUGUUAUACGCCGUAUAUAAGCGUCACAUGACGGUCCUCCGCGCAUACGUGUACAUCAUGUGUAUACUGUACGUGUGCGCUCUGCUUUACAUCAUCAUAACGGCGGCGAUGCGCGGCCUGAGCGGCUCGGGCUCCGACGUGUUCCUCGCCUUUUUGGAGGCUGUGCUAGUCUUUGGUUUCCUGGGGUACUGCAUCCUGUGCGUGCACAGCUACUACCUGAUGCUGCGCAGCGCGGACGACAUGGAAGGACCUAACAAGGUUUAUUAGAUCACACACAUGUGAAGGUACACACAUACCUACACCCAGAGAUGGGCAAAAUUUAUUCGAAUGACGAAUAACAAAAUUUAUCGCGAAUGACGAAUAAAAAUGUCGGAUGAUUAUUCUUAUUUGAAUAAAUUAUUCGUCGAAUAAUUUAUCCGCGAAUAAUUUAUUCGUCGGAUGAAUUGCCACGAAUAAUUUGUUUAUUGGAAUACCUAAUAAACUUUUCUUGGUUUAGAAAGAUUUGGCAACUGUGAAAGUGCAAUACAACCUGCAACUACCUAAAUAGUUACUGUAAAUACGAGUAUAAAUACAAAAUCUGGUUUUCUCACUCUUUUAUUAUAUAGCUAUCUCUUUCUAGGUCAGGCUAGAAAGUUGCUAUUAGAACUUUGUGUGCGAGUAAUUCAUUGUUCACGCUAAUCCUUUAUUUAUUAAACUACCUGGGCUUAUCCUUUAACCCUUAACAAUCUUUAACUUGUCAGAACAAAUAUACAGUAUAAAAAAGUCAUAUUAAACGUGUUAUUAUUCGUGUUGCUUAUUUGAAUGGAAUAAGCCAAAAAACUUAAAUAUUUUUCGUGGAUUUAUUCGAAUGAAAUAGCAAAUAAAUCAUCCGUCAUUUGAAAAGUGUUCGAAUGAUUUAUCCGCGGAUAAAUUAUUAACGAAUAAAUCAUCCGUGAAUAAAAAAAUCAUGAUUUAUUUUUUAUUCGAAUGAUUAUUCCGAUAAAAAACUUUAUUCGAAUGAUGCCCAUCUCUGCCUACACCCAACUUGGUGGCGGGGCGUACGUAGAACUUCCCAUCGACUUGCAUUAUUCAACUCUGAGCAUUUUCCUUAUAUACUUACGAAAUGCUUUCGCCUUGUAUGGCGGCUACCUCAAUCGAAUGAGUAAAGUUUGAUAAUAAAGCUCGAAAUGUACUAAAAAUUUGUUAGACAAGUAAUUAAAUAUUACCAGACCAGAUAUCGCUUUCUCAAAGUAUUAGAAGAAUGGCAUUUCAUAAGCUCGUAAAAUACCCCUUUUACAAAAUGAUUUUAACAUAUUUUCUUAGCUAUUUUUAAUAGCCCUCAUAAAUCUCAUAAUACUUAGAUGUAAGGGCAUGAGCAAUAGUAAAAUAUAAUAAAUUACAUUCGUGUUACAUUCGGUAACUGUAUCUUAGCCGUAGCAGGUAGCAGUGCUUCAAUAGAGGUUUACUUCUGAAUGGCAUAUUUGUAAGGAAAUGAUACCAUCUAGAUUGGUCUCAUCUUGAGCCAAUCUGUAAUUUUUUUGAAAAUAAAACCAUAAUAAGAGAUAUGAUUAAGUAACUAAGUACUGAUAAUAAAAAAAUGAUAAACGCUUAUGAUAGAUGAAUCAAUAAAAUUAUUUACUUAAUUUUAUAGACAGCUAUUUCGAGGAGUAGUUAUUUUUGGGGCAAAUAAUUACGAUUAUAUGUAUAAAGUGUAUUUCUCUGAUGGGAUCACACCUGGAUCACACUAAAUGUGGGAAUUAUAUUAGUUAGUAAGAAAAAUAAAAUGAUAUAAUAUAAUGAUAAUAAACAUUAAGCACUGAAUGCGUGUUUGAAAGACUGGAUGCAAGAUAACACUUAAUAAAUAAUUGCUUUUAUUAAUAUAGUACUUAGUUUAAGUCUUAAUAAAUAUAUGGAUAGUUGUCUGUUGGCGAUAUAAGGUUUUUAAUAUUAAUGUUUAAGUUCAAAAUUGUAAACUUCAAUAAUAUAUAAUACCUAUUGUACGUCAAUAUUAUUUCAGCCAAUAUGAGGUACGUUAAUUCUAUGCUAUGAUAAUAAUAUCCAUUUUAUAAUACAAUACAAUGUCUUAUUUUUAGUUCAACUUUGCACACAUGUGCAAGAAAAUAAGAGAGAUAGAGAAAUAAUGGUCAAAAAAGACUUAAAAGAUUAUAUUUAAAGUAUUUCAUUUUAUAAAUUAUAACCUAAUACGUAUAGGUGCAUAUUCGUAUAUUAUUAUGCUAACGUACUUACGUAUUUUUAUUUGAUAUGAAUAUGACCUAGUCAAAAAGGCGCCUUCAUAGGAAAAGUACCUACUAUGAAUCUGGCGAACCAGAAUCUAUUUGCCAAUUUUACACUAUCUGACGGUGAUAUAUCUAUACUGCCAUACAAUUUGUAAUGUUCUUAUAUUUGAAUUUUAAUAAUAAUUUUGUCUAUUGAAAUAUUUAAAUAACACUUAAAGUUUAUUAAAUAAAUAUUUACAAAAACUUGUGAAGAUUCUAGAGUUUUCCUACCCCUAAGAAUUUUACACAGAAUUCCAUAAGUUUCAAAAACGUAGCCCAUUGCUUAUAGUUUCAUGUAAAUCUACCCUAAAUAAUAUAUUGUACUUAAAAUGUCAUCUACCCAAAACUGAACAAACAUUUUAAAACUAAAUGAUAAUUCACCGAUCAAAGUCGUUGCGUCCAAUCUGUGCGCCUUUUGUAAAAUAUUACAAUUUAUGAAAAGGGAUACAAAUAUAUAAUUAUCUCUAUUAGUUAUACAAUUUACUUAUUCUACAUGUAUCUUCUUAUGUACAUUUACGAGAAGCCCUUAUUGCAUUUAUAAGUGUAUAAUUAAUUAAGUAUUAAUGUAAACAGCUUUUUAUUAAUAUUUGCGAUGCGAGUUAUGCGACCAAAAUUUGUAAAUUUAUUUGAGUAACUACGUAUUUGGUGAUAUUGUUGGUAAAUCCAUCAAACGUUUUAAAAUUGACACUCAGAACUAGAAAAUUACAGUCAAAUGGGGAAAUGAGAAACAUGUGGGGCUACUGUAGACAAUCGAAAUAUUGACGAGUUUUAGAAAUGCUUCUGAAAACUCGAUUUUAAUUUUGGUACAUGUAUAAUACCAGCCUCAGGGCCAUUCUAUCUAUUACUCUUAUUUAUAGUCGAAACAUUUGUUUAAAAUAACCCCGCGUGUCCCUCAUAACCCCAUUUACAUAAAAACAAACUUAUGAAAGACUUAAACAAUCUAUAUUUGAUGUGACUUUGCACAUUACAUGAUAACGUUAAG